CUCACUUCCUCUCUCGCUACCUCAGGCUCAGUUUCAGAACACCAAAUCAAACUGAACACAGAGAAGGAGAAGCAGCAGGGAAGCAACAAGAACCGAGAAUCUUCGGCUAGUCAUGGCAACCUCUGCGAUCCAACAGUCAGCCUUCGCCGGACAAACAGCUUUGAAGCAGCAGAAUGAGCUUGUCCGGAAGGUCGGUGUCUCCGGUGGUCGCAUCUCUAUGCGUCGCACAGUAAAGAGUGCUCCUCAAAGCAUCUGGUACGGCCCGGACCGUCCAAAGUACUUGGGUCCAUUCUCGGAGCAGACUCCAUCGUACCUGACUGGUGAGUUCCCCGGCGACUACGGGUGGGAUACUGCGGGCUUGUCAGCUGACCCAGAGACAUUCGCCAAGAACCGUGAGCUGGAGGUCAUCCACGCCCGAUGGGCCAUGCUGGGCGCACUCGGAUGCGUCUUCCCUGAAAUCCUGGCAAAGAAUGGAGUCAAGUUCGGUGAGGCAGUUUGGUUCAAAGCCGGGGCACAGAUCUUCUCUGAGGGCGGGCUUGACUACCUUGGCAACCCCAACCUCAUCCACGCCCAGAGCAUCCUCGCAAUAUGGGCUGUCCAGGUUGUCCUCAUGGGCUUUGUCGAAGGAUACAGAGUUGGUGGGGGCCCACUUGGGGAAGGCCUGGACAAAAUUUACCCAGGUGGGGCCUUCGACCCACUCGGGUUGGCUGAUGACCCUGAGGCCUUCGCGGAGUUGAAGGUGAAGGAGAUCAAGAAUGGGCGACUGGCGAUGUUCUCUAUGUUCGGCUUCUUCGUUCAGGCUAUUGUCACCGGAAAGGGCCCAAUUGAAAACCUCUUCGAUCACCUUGCAGAUCCGGCAGCCAACAAUGCAUGGGCUUAUGCUACAAACUUCGUCCCCGGAAAGUGAAACUUCACGGAGAUCAUGGCCUUAUUCGAAAUUGUAAGUUGUGAAAUUAAAAUCAGAAAUUCGGAAUCAGUGAGCUUCUUGUAUUGAUAUAUAUUGUCUACUUUUUUAUUUUUAUCAAUAAAUGUACGAGCUUUGCCGGUAGAAACGCCCAAUGUUAUAUUUAGACAUUUACUA